AGCAAUUCCCUGGACUUGUUAAUCUCCAGCUCCUUGUUCAUCUUUUUUAUUCGAAGAAUUGGAGUUGUGAUUCAUCGCGUUUGAGGACUGUGCGAUCCUGCCUGGUUGAAUUUACUGCAGCUUUUCGCACCGUUCACUUGCAUUCAUUUCUAGACGAGGAGACACAAGAUCUUGGUCUAUUUUGUAGACGGAAUGGCUAACACAGCGUGUUUUAUAAUAGUGGGUCGGAAUGAUAUUCCCAUCUAUGAAGCUGAAGUUGGUUCUGCUGCCAAAAGAGAAGAUGCUGCUCAGUUGCACCAGUUUAUACUACACGCUGCAUUAGAUGUUGUCCAAGACCUUGCUUGGACUACAAGUGCCAUGUUCUUGAAGUCAGUUGACAGGUUUAACGAUCUGGUUGUGUCUGUCUAUGUUACCGCUGGCCAUACACGACUCAUGCUCCUUCAUGAUUCACGCAAUGAAGACGGCAUCAAGAGCUUCUUCCAGGAGGUUCAUGAGCUUUAUAUUAAGAUUCUUCUGAAUCCAUUGUAUCUGCCCGGUUCUCGGAUUUCAUCGUCUCAUUUUGACACCAAGGUGCGUGCACUUGCAAGAAAGUAUCUGUAGAGAAGACCGAGAUCCUACUGACUUGCCUUGUUUGGUGAAAUGUCCAAAGCCCAAAGUUGCAGUCAAUUGUUUGUUAUUUGUGUUUAUGUUCAAUGGCUAGAGUUCUCUUCUUCAUAACGUCCAAGCAAUGUUUUGAAAUUUUUAGUAAGAGAAAUAAUCCAUUCAAUCUAAACCCACAGUUUUCAUUUUUGGUUGGUUGUUA